AGAAAAUUCAAGAUGCUGCGUUUGCCCUAGCGUUUCACAUUUCCCUUCUUUGGCGUGUAUAAAGUUGAGAGCUUCUCAAUUCUUCUCCACAAGAAAAAUCCCUAAUAUCUAUUUUCCUUCCAAAUUCUCCUGCCUCAGAUUCGCAAUUUAUCUCCUACCAUCAUUUUCCUCAUCUCAUCAAAGGAAGUUGCCAGAUUAAUCUGCUCUGCUGCAGAUUGCCAAAGUGGAGUCUGUUACUUGUGAGUCUUCUUUUAUGUCUGAACGGGCCUCUUUCUUUUUGUCAUCAAUUGGAUUGCUUGGAGAGUACUGUCCCACGUCCAGAAAAAAGAAUAGAAGUUCCUGUUCUGGAAUUAGCUGCAUGCAUAUUGAGGCCAAUCAGAGACACAGUUUGGGUUUCCGUUUUAUGCAACAUCUUCCAAGUGCAAGGAGGCAGCUUGGUAACAGAUUUCUCCCCACGAUUUUGAUAACCAGUAUCUGAUAUCUCCUUUCUGAUUAACAGUCUCCCUCAGUUUGAUCAAGAUGGCUUUGCAAAAUAUUGGUGCUUCGAACAGUGAUGAUGCCUUUUAUAGGUAUAAGAUGCCUAAAAUGAUAACCAAGAUUGAAGGGAGAGGAAAUGGCAUCAAGACUAACGUGGUUAACAUGGUAGAAAUUGCAAAGGCCUUGGCUAGACCUGCUUCUUACACCACAAAAUAUUUUGGAUGUGAACUGGGAGCCCAAUCCAAGUUUGAUGAGAAGACUGGAACUUCUCUUGUAAAUGGGGCCCAUGACACUGCCAAGCUUGCAGGGCUUCUUGAGAACUUCAUUAAGAAGUAUGUUCAGUGUUAUGGCUGUGGGAACCCUGAAACUGAGAUAGUUAUUACUAAGACACAGAUGCUUACCCUGAAAUGUGCCGCGUGUGGGUUUGUUUCUGAUGUUGACAUGAGAGAUAAGCUUACAACUUUCAUUCUUAAAAACCCACCUGAGGCUAAGAAGUCUUCAAAAGACAAGAAGGCAAUGAGGAGGGCUGAGAAGGAAAGACUCAAGGAGGGUGAGGCCGCUGAUGAAGAGCUUAAGAAGAUUAAAAAAGAGGCAAAAAAGAAAGGUUCCUCUACCACUACUACUUCAAAGGCUACUGCUGCCAAAGGUGCAGUAACCAAGAAGAAAAGCAAACAUUCUGAUGAGGAUCACUCCCCAACUCACAGCCAGGCUGAUGAGAACGAAGAGGUGGAUGAUGAUGAUGAUGAUAAUGUGCAGUGGCAAACGGAUACUUCACUGGAGGCUGCUCAACAGCGUAUACAAGAGCAGUUGAGUGCUGUUACAGCUGAUAUGGUAAUGCUUUCUACUGAAGAAGAAAAGAAGUCAGUGAAGAAGUCGCCAGAGCGUGAGGUUAAGGCACAAGAGAAUGGUGUCAUUGCCCAUGAGAAACUUGUUGAUGAGAUAAAGAAAUACCUCAAUAAGGGGUCAUCUGCAGCUCAGCUUAAAUCCUUCCUGGGUUCACUCCCUGGAACGUCCCAAGAAAUCAUGGACGCCCUUUUUACUGCACUCUUUCAUAAUGUUGGGAAGGGGUUUGCGGAGGAAGUAACUAAAAAGAAGAACUACCUUGUAGCAGCAGCCAGAGAAGAGGGAUGGCAGAUGAUGCUCCUCAAUUCUAUCGAGUCUUUCUGUGGCAAGGCAAACCUCGAGGCAGCUAAGGAGGUGGCUUUGGUUCUUAAAGCGCUAUAUGACAAUGACAUCUUGGAAGAAGAGUUCAUCAUGGAAUGGUAUCAGAAGGGUGUAGCCGGUGGUAAUAAGAGUUCUCAGAUAUGGAAGAACUCCAAGCCCUUCAUCGAAUGGCUCCAGAAUGCCGAGUCUGAGACAGAAGAGGAGUGAUUCUGAAGCUCUUGGUAUAGUCGUUUAUUGUGCCUUUUAUGGCAGACGUGCUAUUUAUAGUGCAAUAAUUUUCUCUACCGUGGCUAUAGUUUUCAGUGUGUGGGACUUGGUCGUGUUCUUUAAAUAAAAUAGUGAGCUACGCCUGGCGUACAUGCUCGCUGUUGUGUUGUGCUUUCUAUGGUUUUUGUUGUCUGUAUUGAGUUCGGUUUCCGGGGUUGGAAUUUUUUCUGGUUGUGCUUAACGAUGAUUUGAAUUCA